AUGAGGUCCCAGUGUGAGGUCAGAGCCUACAUGAGGUCCCAGUGUGAGGUCAGAGCCUACAUGAGGUCCCAGUGUGAGGUCAGAGCCUACAUGAGGUCCCAGUGUGAGGUCAGAGCCUACAUGAGGUCCCAGUGUGAGGUCAGAGCCUACAUGAGGUCCCAGUGUGAGGUCAGAGCCUACAUGAGGUCCCAGUGUGAGGUCAGAGCCUACAUGAGGUCCCAGUGUGAGGUCAGAGCCUACAUGAGGUCCCAGUGUGAGGUCAGAGCCUACAUGAGGUCCCAGUGUGAGGUCAGAGCCUACAUGAGGUCCCAGUGUGAGGUCAGAGCCUACAUGAGGUCCCAGUGUGAGGUCAGAGCCUACAUGAGGUCCCAGUGUGAGGUCAGAGCCUACAUGAGGUCCCAGUGUGAGGUCAGAGCCUACAUGAGGUCCCAGUGUGAGGUCAGAGCCUACAUGAGGUCCCAGUGUGAGGUCAGAGCCUACAUGAGGUCCCAGUGUGAGGUCAGAGCCUACAUGAGGUCCCAGUGUGAGGUCAGAGCCUACAUGAGGUCCCAGUGUGAGGUCAGAGCCUACAUGAGGUCCCAGUGUGAGGUCAGAGCCUACAUGAGGUCCCAGUGUGAGGUCAGAGCCUACAUGAGGUCCCAGUGUGAGGUCAGAGCCUACAUGAGGUCCCAGUGUGAGGUCAGAGCCUACAUGAGGUCCCAGUGUGAGGUCAGAGCCUACAUGAGGUCCCAGUGUGAGGUCAGAGCCUACAUGAGGUCCCAGUGUGAGGUCAGAGCCUACAUGAGGUCCCAGUGUGAGGUCAGAGCCUACAUGAGGUCCCAGUGUGAGGUCAGAGCCUACAUGAGGUCCCAGUGUGAGGUCAGAGCCUACAUGAGGUCCCAGUGUGAGGUCAGAGCCUACAUGAGGUCCCAGUGUGAGGUCAGAGCCUACAUGAGGUCCCAGUGUGAGGUCAGAGCCUACAUGAGGUCCCAGUGUGAGGUCAGAGCCUACAUGAGGUCCCAGUGUGAGGUCAGAGCCUACAUGAGGUCCCAGUGUGAGGUCAGAGCCUACAUGAGGUCCCAGUGUGAGGUCAGAGCCUACAUGAGGUCCCAGUGUGAGGUCAGAGCCUACAUGAGGUCCCAGUGUGAGGUCAGAGCCUACAUGAGGUCCCAGUGUGAGGUCAGAGCCUACAUGAGGUCCCAGUGUGAGGUCAGAGCCUACAUGAGGUUCCCAGUGUGA